GGCUUCGGCUCAGUCAAAGCAGGAAACAGUUUAAUAUCUGAGUCUGACUUGAUCAGCGCCCAGGAUCCUAGACGAUCAGCACCGAGGGACCGAGGAGUUCGUUUUUAUUUCUGUUUGAACCUGAGAAAAUCAUUCACUCUGAGGAAACUCCUCCUCAAAAGUCGUGAAGGAAGAAUGAUAUUUGUCCCGCUGUUAUCGGUGCUGAUCGGGGCUCUGUGUCCUGCUGCGGAGGGAAGACCUCUGCCCAAUGUGAACGACACUCAGCAACAUUACCAGGCAGUCGAACACUCGAACGUCACACUGACGGUUUCCAUUCCUGUUAACUCUACCUCUGACUUGCUGUUCAUUGAUCUGAUGAGGAUGGAGACAUGGAGGAGGAUUUAUCGAAAUGAGACCAACUCUCACCGUGGCCUGUAUAUAGAUGGCCAGUUCAAAGGUCGACUCCAGUGCGACCUGCAUCUGGUCAGAAAUGGGUGCAUCGAGUGUCUCCUGUCUGAUGUGAGGCUGAGCGAUGAAGGAUGGUAUAGGUGGAUCGUUGCCACUACAGGAAGAAGAAAUCUCACAAAACUGGAGCUUGUAGUCAGAGUCAGAAAACAUGACCAAGUCACGAUCCCUGUGAACGUAGAGGCUGAAGCUGUCAUGCCUCAAACUCAAGAAGAACCUCCAAAGCCAACAGAACGGAAAAGGAUUGGGAUGUAUAUGUCUUUUGGUUUACUUGCAGUGGUAAUAGUUUGCCAUUUCUUACAAACCAUUACAUUUUGCAACUUUACCCGGUUGAACAGUCGUCUGUGAGAAAAUGUAUCACAUGACGGCUCCUCUAAAAAAGGAGGACAAAAAGAAAGAAAAAAAAAAGUUACAUAUUCAAGCAGGGAGCUCGAGGUUUUGCACACAGCAAAGCUUCAGGCCACCUAACCGCUUCAGAUGUGCAACUACCUCACUUAAUGUUCAAACAGCUGUUUGAUACGUUUAUGGUUUACGGACCACGUUGUCCUCUAUGGUUUUAUUGUUAAACCGUUUUUCUUCCCAUUUUCAUGGGGUUUCAAGCACUCAGUGUCAGURGUCUGGCUGAUUUYCAGCAGCUACAGAUGGCAUAAUGCCAGCGACUUAGUCGAUAAAUAAGCUCAACCUCUUGCUUCUUGUAGCAUUACAGAGAAUGCAUUAUUUAUCCCAAGUGAUAAUGCAAAACUGCACAAACAUUUAUGUAAUGUUCAAGCACAGUAUUUCAUGCAGCUACAGUUUUAUUGACUGCUCACCCACAAAGCGUUGGGAAGAAAUAAUUUCACAGUGUUUUACACACUCAACCAAGAAAGCUGUAUUGUGAUUUCCAAACUGUGAUCAUUCUGCACUUUAUUCUUGAACGAAAACACUUUGUUCAUUUUAGUACGCCUAUGUAGUGACGGAAACUCACAAUGUUCACCACGACAUUUCAAGUAAACACAAAAGAAAAAAAUGUCAGACCCUCAAAUGAUGGUGAAAAAGAGAUGCAGUCAUGGUAAAAAGAAAGUACACCCACUUUCAGUUUUAAGGCUUGAUGUGUCAGAAGAUGAUAAAAUAUAUAUCUGAUUUUAUUUAAAUCUAACUACAACUGUGCACAAACACAAUAAUCAAUAUGUCAAUACUUGGUAAACAAACAUGGGAAAAUAUCAGCAGUGACCUCAGAAGAGAAAACGUUGCCGUUCUGCAAUCUAGACAAAAAGGGCACUUCCAAGCAGUUUAAAUCGAAUUGUUCCACAGUUAGAAACAAAUAUUCACAAUAUGGAACAUUUAACCCAUAUAUGUCAAAAUCAAGACCCAAAUAGAAACUUCAAGAGAACAGGUGUGUGCUUAAAUAUUAUUUUAUCAACCAAAUCAAAGUAGAUUUUUUAUGCAGAGUGACAAAUUACAUCAAUGUCAAAAGAUUUUCAAUAUUAUUGAACUUUAAGAAAUAUCCUAACCCUCCCGACCCUACUAAGAGACAAGGGUGUAAGAAAAUGGAUGGAUGGAUGGAAGAAAUAUCCUUUGAAUGAAGAGACAGAUUUUUAUUUAUAUGAUAAUGGGUAGUUUUACCAAUACGUUCUGCCACUGCAGACUGUUUGAGGAUAAUCAUGAUCUUAACCUUGAGGUUACAAAACCUCAACAUGCUUCAUCCAAAGUGCCAAAAUCGGUUCUCAUUGACGUAGAAGCGUCGUUUAGUUUGCUAGGAGUCAUCCGCUUGCCAAACUCGGCACCAGGCGUCUGUUGAACUAUUUGGUCAGAUCUCUGUGUGAUUGAUAAGAAAUCUGUUGCUCUGCUUUAUGCGGAAAUGUGCUCAGACAGCAAAAUUGAUAUUUCUCUUCAACUAGUCCGCCUCCACUCCAUUCUGGUUUAUGUGCCUGCAGGCAACACGGCUACUGUCGAGGAAUAUUUAUCUGUCACAAUGAGAAAUUAUGUGCAUUUUUACAAUUCUUCAAAAAAAUGUAUCGUCAUUCACGGAGGAGGCUGUCUGCAGAAAGUGUGGCGCUUUCUGUGACCGUUUUGUAAAGGUUGUAUGGACGGUGUGCGCGAAUACAAACGUGUCAAAACCAUGUCACUGCACUUUGAAACAUGUCGGCGCCCAUAGAGAAACCGAAAAAUACCAAAGAGCUUCAUUUCAGACACUACAGACCACAAUAAGCAUGUUAAAUGUCAAAGUUCAUGACCGGACAAGAACACUAAAAGUGUUAAUUGAGCCACAAAUUGAGAUGUUUGACCAAGAUAUACAAGACUAUUUGAGCAAAAAUGCAAACAAAACAAAACAGUUGUCUUGAAGACCUGACACAAAAAGCCAUGGUAGGUUAGGCUGGUAAUUUAACUCCAGGAAGAUGUCAGACAUAAAAACUCCUAAGAAAGUCUCUAUGAAACAAAUCUUUAUCAUCCUCAAUGGAAAGAAGCAACACAGGAAAGAGGAAUAAACCGACAUCCGUCCCCAAACGUACAGUUCUUUUUACUAUGACUGCAGGCCAGAUGGGCCAACCAGCUUUUAUUCUGAAGUUUUUCCAACUUUGGAAGAAAAAAAUGUGCCCCUGAGCAAGGCACUAGGAGCAGGUUGCUCCCAAUGUGUGAAAUGACUGGAAAAUCCCCAGUAAUGGCAUUCUCCAUUAUUAUGUUCAGAGGACUGCACUCCUCCAGUAUUUCACACACACACUGGUGCAACAGAUGAGAAUGGCUGUAGCAUAAAAAGCUUUGAUUGGUCGACACGACCCACAAAGCCCUUUGAGUUCAGUCCAUUCACCUUUCAUGCAUUCAGAAAGAUUUACUCAAGUAUGAUGCUCCUGUUUCUGAGCUUUUCUCUUGUUUCUUUUAUUUUUAUGGCUUUAAAUCAGGGGUGUCCAAAGUCGGUCCUGGAGGGCCGACAUUCUGCAUGUCUCUGUUCUCUCCCUGGUGGAAGUAACAACCUCUUCAGCAUGUCAGUGUUCUCCUUAGGCCUCUAAUGAGCCAUCAUUGGAUCCAGGUGUGCUAAACCAGGGAGAGAACUAAAACAUGCAGGAUGUCAAACCUCGAGGACCGACUUUGGAUACUCCUGAUUUAAAGAAUCAAUGUUGGUUUAUGGUUUUGGGUAA